UAAUAAGGAUCCAGCUCGGGUUGGGUAGGCGAAGACUGGGGUCCCGGAGGGACCAGGGGCUACCAUGCCAAAGAAGGCGAGGAGGGAAGAUGUAUAUAAAGCCAGGGGCGCGGGGCCACCUGCCCUCCCCGUCCAGUCCUGUGCUGUCCUGGGGACUCCGCGCGGAGCGCUAACCUAGCCCUUCGACUCAAGCCCUUUCUAUCGGUCCCUUUGCCCCCAGCUCCGUGGUGAGUUCGGACCCCCCAGUGUCCCAUUCAGUUUCUGCUCUGGAAGGGAAUGGCUGGGUAUUUGGGGAAGGGUUUCUGUCUAGGCCUUGAAUUCCAUGAUUACCAUCUGCUCCCCCAGAUGUCCAAAGCAGCUCCGGCCAAGAAGCCGGCGGCCCCACCUCCAGGCUGCACCCUGGACAUCAAUGACCCCCAGGUGCAGAGCGCUGCCAUACGCAUCCAGGCCUCUUACCGGGGCCACAGGUCCCGGAAAGAGUUGAAAGAGAAGGGGCCAGCACGCGUGCUGCAGCCACUGCAAGAUGUCGUGCUGAUUGAGGGAAGUGCAGCGAAACUCUCCUGUCGGAUCUCAGCUUUUCCUGACCCUUUUAUCCGCUGGAGCAAAGACCGCAAGGAGCUCCGUGGCAAGUACCGCUACGUCAUCGAGGACCCCGGCGUGGUGGCGCUGGUGGUGCGCGACGCAGAACUAGCUGAUCUGGGCCAGUACAGCAUUAAAGUGUCCAAUCGCUUCGGCGAGUGCUCGGACUCCGCGCGGAUACUCGUGGAAGUCCCAGCGAAGAUCAAGAAGGGACCAGACAACACCAAGGCGCGCAAAGGAACCACGGUGACGCUGACCGCAGAAAUCCUAGGCGAGCCACCUCCUGACGCAGGAUGGACCAAGGACGGGCUGGACAUUGAUGAGGAUGACAGGGCGUACUAAGACAUCGGCAACACUAACACUACGCUGACCAUCCGCCGGGCCACCGCUGAGGACAGCGGCAAGUAUGAGGUCUACGUGGAGAACAGCCUGGGGAUGGACCAGAGUUUCGCCAGCUUGGAUGUAGCCUGAGGGGAAUCUUCGGACCUUUCAUCCGCGCCCCCGGUGUCAGGGCUAUCACAGCAUCCUUUAUUUCUCGGCCUGCGGAUAGUAAAGUUAUGGUCACUCUGA